AUGUCGUCAACACUUCGACUUUGCCUUCAUUCAUCGAUUGUUAAGCGGAUAACUCCUUCGUUUGCAUCGUCACGUUGGAAUUCAACAAAGGCAUCAAGUGAAGUAGCACCCAAAAAAAUAACUACACAUUAUACAAUCUAUCCAAGAGAUAAAGAUGAACGAUGGAAAGAUGUUAAUAUGGAACGUUAUGCAGAAGAAUAUGAUGUAGCAAUUGUUGGUGGUGGACCAGAUAUCCUUUUUUUCAAAUGCAUAUAUAUAUAUACAGCUGUACCAGGUCUUUCAGCUGCAAUUAGAUUACGACAAUUGGCUAAGGAACAAAAUAAAGAAAUACGAGUGUGUCUUGUUGAAAAAGGUUCAACUAUUGGUGCUCAUACAUUAUCUGGUGCUUGUAUUGAAUCACGUGCACUUGAUGAAUUGAUACCUGAUUGGAAAGAAAAAGGUGCUCCAUUGGAUACUUCAGUAACUAAAGAUCGUUUUUAUUAUCUUACUAAAACUUCAGCAAUCCCUAUUCCGGUUAUCAAAGGACUUCCAAUGUAUAAUCAUGGUAAUUAUCUUGUUCGUUUGGGUAAAGUAACUGCUUGGCUUGGUGAACAAGCUGAAGCAGCCGGUGUUGAAAUGUAUCCGGCAACCGCAGCUAGCGAGAUUUUAUAUCAUGAAGAUGGUAGUGUUAAAGGUGUAGCAACAAAUGAUGUUGGUAUUGCAAAAGAUGGUUCACCUAAAGACUCAUUUGCACGUGGUAUGGAAUUACAUGCAAAAUGCACUAUUUUUGCUGAAGGUUGUCAUGGUCAUUUGGCAAAACAACUUUUUAAAAAAUUUGAUUUAAGAAAAAAUUGUGCACCACAAACUUAUGGAAUUGGUUUAAAAGAAAUAUGGGAAGUUGAUAAAAGUAAACAUGAACCAGGUCUUAUUAUACAUACAGCUGGUUGGCCAAUGGAUACCCAUACAUACGGUGGUUCAUUUAUGUAUCAUAUAUUAGACAAUGGUCAACCAUUAGUUCAAGUUGGUUAUGUUGUUGCUCUCGAUUAUGAAAAUCCAUAUUUAAAUCCAUAUCAAGAAUUUCAACGUUUUAAAAAUCAUCCAAAAAUUCGACCAGUAUUUGAAAAUGGCAAACGUAUUGCUUAUGGCGCUCGUGCAUUAAAUGAAGGAGGUUAUCAGGCUAUACCACAACUUUCAUUCCCUGGUGGUUGUUUAGUUGGAUGUAGUCCAGGAUUUUUGAAUGUUCCUAAAAUAAAAGGCACACAUACAGCAAUGAAAUCUGCUAUGAUUGCUGCUGAAACAGUUUUUGAUUUAUUGAAAAAAUCAACUGAUGACAAUAAAUCAAAAGGUUUAGAACCAAGUGAUUAUGAUAAUCGUAUUAAAAAUAGUUGGAUAUGGAAAGAAUUAUAUUCUGUACGUAAUUUUCGUCCAGCAUUUCAUACAUCAUUAGGAGUAUUUGGUGGAAUUAUUUAUUCAGCAUUACAUUUUGUAUUUCGUGGUAAAGAACCAUUUACUCUUUCACAUGGAAAACCUGAUCAUGCUUGUCUAAAAGAAGCAAAAGAUUGUAAACCAAUUGAAUAUCCUAAACCUGAUAAUGUAGUAACAUUUGAUCUUUUAUCAAGUGUUUCAUUAACAAAUACAAAUCAUGAUAGUGAUGAACCACCACAUUUAACACUUAAAGAUGAUAGUAUACCAACAAAAGUUAAUUUACCUGUAUACGAUGGACCAGAGCAACGUUAUUGUCCCGCAGGUGUUUAUGAAUAUGUGGAAAAUGAUUCCGGUGAUCGACAAUUACAAAUUAAUGCUCAAAAUUGUAUCCAUUGCAAAACAUGUGAUAUAAAAGAUCCGAAACAAAAUAUUAACUGGGUUACACCACAAGGUGGAGAAGGUCCAGCUUAUAAUGGAAUGUGA